UGCAUGUUUUUCUCUCUUCCGAAUGCCAUUUUCUUUUGUUGCAGAAGUUUCAGAGAGAGGGUUUUGUGCCCUAGUUGGCGAGAGAGAGUUUUGUGGUUGGCUUUAUAUGAAUUUUGUGCCCUAAUUGGUGAAGAAGAUGAUGUCCCCUAAGCCAAGCUUGGAUGUGGGUGAUUCUCGUUCUAAUGGCCACGCCUGGAUAACGAACCAGAGACCUGGAUCAGCUUCCUUCAGGUACACCCCCUUGCAGAUAAUCCAUAUUAUUGGCAACUUUAUGAGGAUAUGGUCGGUUUUCUCCAUGUACCUAUAUGUUACUGAGCAAGGAGCAUCAGUCAUUGCUUUCCUUUUCACUUGUUUGGUUCCAUCAUCUAUAAUCUUUCUAGCUUUGCAAAAGCCAUGGAAAGGGCGUGCUUUGUCUAAUUCACAGGUGGUUCCUUCAAUUAUAAAUGGAGGGAUAACAGCAUUAUACUUCAUAUUUUGGGGGAAGGGCCUGAAAUCAUGUGGACCGGUCAGAGCAAUAAUGGCAGAGUAUGCUGGUGCUGUCCUUGGAGUUUUAUCGGCAUUCUUAUAUGGACGAUGGGGUCGCCUCUGGAAAAAGGUGGGUGGGCUCCUUGCAAUUAUGGCAGCAUUCUAUCUUUUGUCUCAAGGGUGGGCUACAACAACAUACUCCCCAUUCCCUUCCAAAGGUAGUCUGGGAACAGAUUCGAGUACUCAGACAGAUCAACCCUUGGAAAUUAAAACAAUGACAGUCCCAAUCAUUGCUGGAAUUUUAUCAGCAUUGAGACGGGUGAUUGCUCGACGUGUUUCACUCAAGAAUCAGCUGAAAAGGCGACUGCAUGCAAUAACAAUUACUUCCGCUACUUGUUUUCUCUUUCCUUUGGCCAUGUGGGAGAUGCUUUUAGGGCCAACUGCUGAGCGGGGCAUAAAGCCUUCUUUCCCAACUUGGGCUUAUUUGAGCAUGACUCUUUUUGGGAUCAUUUUUGUCUACUAUGUUGACAAUAUUGCUGAAGAGAGGUUGCAUCUAGUAGUUUCUUCUCCUCGACAUCUGAUGGUUACUGGCAUUUGUAUUAUUGUUUUGGAGAUUGCAUACAAAAGGGACUUCUCUAUUCUUGGUUUCCUGAUUUGCUCCCUGUUCUUGGGUGUGGGGAUUUAUGAAGCAACUUCUCUGGAACGAACCAAGAAGGAUCCUAUUCAUCUUGAAGGUCUGCCAGAUGGGGCUUUUGAUAGUCAGAUGCCAUUGUCUCCUCUUCCCACUUAGCUUGAAGAUUGAGCAGUCUUACUUGAAGUAGCUCAAAGGUGGACGUAUGGUUUAUCUGAAAUCUCCAAUGCUGCAAACUCUAAGGCUAUCAUGGAUUAUGAAUUCAUCGCAUGAUUAGUGGGGGUUUUCUGGUUACUGCCAAACAGAAUCAGUUCGAAAGUUCUUUUACUUUUUCUCUUCUUUUUUUUUUUUUUGGAAACUUAGAGAAUUUGUUGGGGCCAUUGCUCUUACUGUAUGUACAAAGCAAUUCUUAAGAUGAAUAUAAGUUAGAUUUACUA